GAGAUGGAUGUCUUUCUAAUGAUCCGAUGUCACAAGACGACCAUCUUCACAGACGCAAAGGAAUCCAGUACAGUGUAUGAGCUGAAAAGAAUUGUGGAGGGAAUCCUAAAGAGACCCCCGGAAGAACAGAGGCUAUACAAGGAUGACCAGUUGCUGGAUGACAGCAAAACCCUCGGAGACUGCGGCUUCACCAGUCAGACGGCGCGACCCCAAGCUCCAGCUACAGUUGGCUUGGCCUUCAAGAUCAGUGAUGACACCUUCGAGCCCCUCCGCAUCGAGCCCUUCUCCAGCCCUCCGGAGCUCCCCGACGUAAUGAAACCCCAGGACUCCAGCAGCAGCGCGAACGAGCAGGCAGUGCAAUGAGCGCCGAGAGGGGUGCAGCGAGCUGCACGUCCCA